AUGUCGUCCACCCAAUUCUCGUACUCGAGCGCCCGUCUGCGUCGCGUCAAGUACCUCCAGUUCGGCGUCUUUAGCCCCGAAGAGAUCCGCGCCAUGUCCGUGACGAAACAGACGAAAGUCAACGACCGCCUCAUUCCCGACGGCAUCUCCCGCCCAGAAACGUACUUAAACGGACACCCUGUCAUCGGCGGGAUAGGGGACCCCCGCAUGGGCACGUGCGACUUUCGCGCACGCUGUAAAACCUGCGACUGCACGUACAGUGGCAGUGGUGGCAAGGUGAAUGACUGUCCAGGCCACUUUGGGCACAUUGAGCUGGCCCGUCCCAUGUUCCACAUGGGGUUUAUGAAGGAAGUGCUCAAGAUCUUGCGGUCCGUGUGUUUCCACUGCUCCAAAGUGCUGAGCGACGAGCGGGACCAUCGAUUCCGCUCGGCUAUGAAGAUCAAGAAUGGAAAGCGCCGGCUCAAGGCCGUGUACGAGUUUUGCAGUAACAAGAGCAUGUGUGAAUACGGCGAAGAGGCCGAUAUGGAGAAGAUGCGCGAGGAUUUGAACAUUGGACUGCAAGGUGGACUUGACGACAAGUCGAAGCCAAAGGAAGGCGGCCAUGGCGGCUGUGGCGGUCUUCAGCCAAAGUACCGUAAACAAGGUAUUAAAUUGAUGGUCGAGUUUCCAGAGCAGAUGGAAGACGUGCCGGGGUCAGGCGACCGCAAGCAGAACUUGCCGGCAGCAAAAGUGAUGUCGAUUUUCAAGAACAUUUCAGACCAUGACUGUUAUGCACUUGGGUUAGACCCGCGCUGGGCUCGUCCAGACUGGCUUGUGAUGACACUUAUGCCGGUGCCGCCUCCACAUGUUCGUCCUUCUGUGGCUAUUGACGGCAUGGCGCGCGGCGAGGACGACCUGACGCACAACUUGGCUUCGAUUGUGAAGGCAAAUUUGGCGCUGCUGAAUUGCGUGCGGAAGGGCGAGCCAUCACACAUUAUUGAGCAGUUUGAGCAACUGUUGCAGUUCCAUUUGGCAACUUUUCUGAACAACGAACAGCCGGGUCUGCCGCAAGCACAGCAACGGUCUGGCAAGCCGCUGAAAACGCUGCGACAACGUUUGCGCGGUAAAGAAGGACGUAUCCGCGGUAAUUUGAUGGGCAAGCGGGUAGACUUUUCGGCACGUACGGUUAUUACCGCUGACCCGAAUAUUGCAAUCGACCAAGUGGGCGUUCCUCGGUCCAUCGCAAUGAAUUUGACUGUACCCGAACGAGUGACGCCGUUUAACAUGAACUACAUGCACCAACUGAUUGCCAAUGGUCCGCUGGAGCAUCCAGGAGCAAAGUACAUCAUUCGUGAGGACGGUAAUCGUAUCGAUUUGCGAUACAUAAAGAACAAGUCGGAUCUCGCGCUGAAGUGCGGUUGGAUCGUGGAGCGUCAUCUUCGUGACGAUGAUCUCGUGCUUUUCAAUCGUCAGCCUUCUUUGCACAAGAUGUCGAUCAUGUCGCACCGCGUGAAGGUGUUCGACUGGUCGACGUUUCGUUUAAACCUUUCCGUGACGUCGCCUUACAACGCCGAUUUUGACGGUGAUGAGAUGAAUUUACACGUGCCUCAGUCAAUGACUGCACGUGCUGAUGCGCAAGAGUUGAUGAUGGUGCACAAGGUGAUCAUCACACCGCAGGGUAAUCGUCCGGUUAUGGGUAUUGUACAAGAUUCAUUGCUGGGUGCGCAGAAGUUUACUAAGCGAGAUAUUUUUGUGAGCAAAGACUGGGUAAUGAACAUGCUGAUGUGGGUGUCAAACUGGGACGGCAAGGUACCGACACCAGCGAUUCUGGUUCCGAAGAAGGGAGAGCUGGGCAAGUACACUCCAAUCUGGACAGGCAAGCAGCUGUUUUCUACAAUCAUCCCGGCGGUUAACUUUACCGGGUUUUCAUCUACACAUAAAAGCAGUGAGAAGUUUUCGGACUUGUCUCCUAUCGAUUCUCGCGUAAUCAUUCAACAGGGUGAGCUGUUAGCUGGUAUCGUUGACAAGAAGAUUAUCGGUUCAUCAGCAGGUGGUUUGAUUCACAUCACGAUGCUCGAGAAGGGUCCUGAAGAAACGAAGCGCCUUCUUGGUGCCAUUCAGCAACUUGUAAACUGCUGGCUGGCCGGUCGUAGUUUCACUGUCGGCGUGAGCGAUACGAUUGCUGAUGUAUCUACUCUUAAGACUAUUGUCGAUAUCAUUACGCAAGCCAAAGUGCAAGUGCACGAUUUGGUAGUACGUGGACAAAAGGGAAAACUGGAGACGCAGCCUGGACGAACAAUGGUCGAGUCAUUUGAAGGUCUGGUGAACAUCGUGUUGAACACUGCUCGUGACCAGGCCGGCCGCGAAGCACAGGGUAGUCUCGACGAGACGAACAACAUUAAGGCUACGGUGACGUCCGGUUCGAAAGGUUCUUUCAUCAACAUUUCUCAGAUUAUUGCCUGUGUGGGUCAGCAAAAUGUCGAGGGAAAGCGCAUACCGUACGGUUUCAAUCAUCGCACGCUGCCGCACUAUGGGAAGGAUGAUUUAGGACCUGAGAGUCGUGGCUUCGUGGAGAAUUCCUACUUGAAGGGUUUGACACCACAGGAGUUCUUUUUCCACGCCAUGGGUGGUCGUGAAGGUUUGAUUGAUACUGCUGUGAAGACCGCCGAGACCGGCUACAUUCAGCGACGACUUGUAAAGGCAAUGGAGUCGGUAAUGACGAGAUACGAUGGCACAGUCCGUAAUGCACAAGGCGAAAUUAUCCAGUUCCUGUACGGCGAGGACGGCAUGGAUGCCGUGUGGGUCGAGAAGCAAAGGUUUGAGUCGCACAAGUUGAACAAAGUUCAGUUUGAGAAGAAGUACGCCUUUGACCCGUCUGACGAGAACCUGGGCUGUAUGCCAAACUGCCCUGAUCAGCUGUACCUCGAACCUGAUAUUAUCAAGGACAUCCGGACCAAUCAGCGAACACAACAACUUUUGAGAGAAGAGCAGGUGCAGCUACAGAAGGACCGCGUGAACCUUCGCGUCAUUUUGGCAAGUCGUGGGCAGGGACAAGAGUCGGAUAACGCCGCUCAGAUUCCUGUGAACAUCCGACGUCUUGUGGAAAAUGCACAGCAGCUGUUCAGCAUCGACGUUCGUAAGCCGUCUAGCCUUCACCCGUCCCGUAUUAUCGAGGGUGUGAAGGACUUGUGCAAAAAGAUUAUAGUUGUGCAGGGCGAGGAUCAGCUGAGUGUUGAGGCCCAGGAGAACGCAACGCUAUUCUUCCAGAUCUUGUUGCGGUCAACCCUGGCGUCGAAAUGCGUUACGCUUGAGCACCACCUCACAGAGACGGCGUUCGAGUGGCUCAUGGGUGAGAUCGAAUCCAAAUUUACGAGUGCGCUCGUGUCUGCCGGUGAAAUGGCAGGUGUUGUCGGUGCGCAGUCCAUUGGAGAACCGGCAACGCAGAUGACACUGAACACGUUCCACUACGCCGGUGUGUCUGCUAAAAAUGUGACACUUGGUGUACCUCGCCUGAAAGAAAUCAUGAACAUUGCAAAGGAAGUACGGACUCCAUCAUUACGUAUAUUCUUGACACCAGAUUGUGCACACGAUGCUGAUAAGGCAAAGUUUAUCCAGUCGCAACUAGAAUACACGACCUUGGCUGAUGUGACAGCAAACACUUCCAUUUACUACGAUCCAGACCCGAUGAAUACGGUGGUCGAGGAGGACCAGGAGUUCGUGGCUUCGUAUUACGAGAUGCCUGACGAGGACACCCCGAUCGCUCGCUCUCCCUGGCUUUUGCGUAUCGAGUUGAACCCAAAGAUGAUGGCUGACAAGAAGUUGACGAUGAGCGAAAUUGCUUCCCAAGUUGAAGCAGAGUAUGGCCAAGAUCUUAUGUGCAUCUUCACGGACGACAACGCUGAUCGUUUGGUGCUGCGCAUCCGCAUUAUGAGCGAUGAAGAGGAGAAGCUACAACGGUCAGGCGAGACUGCCGUUGGACAGGAAGACGACACGUUUCUGAAGCGCGUGGAGCACAACAUGCUUACACAGAUGAAGUUGCGUGGUAUUGAGGGUGUGAAGAAGGUGUACAUUCGUGAAGGACCGUCGACGCACUGGUUCGACGACGUGGGUUUUAAAAUGAUGAACGAGUGGAUGCUGGACACGGAUGGCACGAACCUUCUUGAUGUGAUGUGCUACCCACAAGUUGAUUCCACCCGUACGAUAUCUAAUGACAUUGUAGAAAUCAUUCAGGUGCUGGGCAUUGAGGCUGUUCGCCGAGCACUGUUGAACGAGAUUCGUCAGGUGAUUUCUUUCGAUGGCGCGUAUGUCAAUUACCGGCAUUUGGCGUGUCUAUGUGAUGUGAUGACCUUCCGUGGCCACCUUAUGGCCAUCACUCGUCACGGCAUUAACCGUGAUGAUUCUGGUCCGUUGGUCCGCUGUUCGUUUGAAGAGACGGUGGAAAUUCUAAUGGAUGCCGCGAUGUUUUCUGAGGGGGACCCGUUGACGGGUGUAUCGGAGAACGUGAUGCUCGGACAGUUGGCUCCACUCGGUACGGGUGUCAUGGAUUUGGUGCUCGACGCGAAGAAGCUUGCGAAUGCGAUUGAGUACGAGGCGUCAGAGAUCCAGCAGGUGAUGCAAGGACUCGACAACGAAUGGAGAAGCCCCGACCAGGGCCCGGGCACACCUAUGGCGACCCCGUUCGCAUCGACACCCGGUUUUUCUGCAUCAUCCCCAUUCAGUCCUGGUGGCGGCUCUUUUUCGCCAGCGGCUGGUGCUUUUUCGCCCAUGGCAAGCCCGGCAUCUCCUGGUUUUAUGGUGGGCUCACCUGCACACAGUCCUGCGUCCCCGUUGAACCCGGCGUCGCCUGCUUACAGCCCGAUGUCUCCAGCGUACAGCCCGACUUCUCCAGCGUACAGCCCCACAUCGCCAGCGUACAGCCCGACGUCUCCUGCGUACUCACCGACAUCCCCGGCGUACAGUCCGACGUCGCCAGCGUAUUCACCGACCUCACCGGCGUACAGCCCUACGUCCCCGGCGUACAGUCCGACGUCUCCUGCUUAUAGUCCGACGUCUCCCGCCUACAGUCCGACAUCCCCGGCGUACUCACCGACGUCUCCUGCUUACAGCCCGACAUCGCCUGCGUACUCGCCAACGUCGCCUGCUUAUAGCCCGACGUCGCCUGCGUACAGUCCGACUUCACCUGCGUACAGUCCGACGUCUCCUGCGUACAGCCCCACGUCGCCUGCGUACAGCCCGACUUCUCCUGCAUACAGUCCGACCAGCCCGGCUUACAGUCCCACCUCGCCGGCUUACACUCCCGCGUAUUCGCCUACGUCUCCAGCGUACAGUCCGACAUCACCGGCCUACUCACCGACAUCGCCUGCGUAUUCGCCAACGUCGCCAGCUUACUCGCCGACAUCACCGGCGUACAGUCCGACGUCACCUGCUUAUUCGCCGACAUCUCCCGCGUACAGCCCGACGUCGCCUAGCUACAGUCCAGCGUCUCCUGAGUACAAUCCGAUGGAAGGCUACAACCCGACUGCUAGUGGCUAUAGCCCGACCGAUGCCGAUGAGAAGAGGGAUGGAGGUGAUGCGUAG